AUGCGUCUCGCCAAACUCUCCUUCGUCAUUCAGGCACUGCUUCUGACCGCUGCUGCGGCUCAGAGUGCAGGGGCUUCCGACCUGCUCAGCGAUCUCACCGAGCCCUCGUCCAGUGCAGCGACUGAAACCUCCACUUCCGAGACUCCCAGCACCACUCCCUCCGCUUCUGAGACUUCGGCCACUUCUACUUCCUCCGAAGCGUCGACUACCUCAAAGGAGGCCCCUUCCACCACUUCCACGUCCGCGAGUGUUGCUUCCACCACCUCUUCCAGCGAAGCCCCCUCAACAACAACAACUCACACCACUAAAAAUGAACCUACUUCCACCACCCACGACGGCUCCACCACCUCUGCCUCUGACACUAGCUCGACUACUCAGAAGCCGGUCGUGAAGACCGUCACCUCCUACCAAACUAUCGGCGACAGCACCAUUGCCAAUGUUAUGACGACAACCUCCACUCCCACCUCGGGCCCGACCUCGCCCUCGCUUAACAGCGACAGCAAGAGCUCUUCGAGCAGCGGUGUGUCCGAGUCUGACAAGAAGAUCAUCAUCGGUGUGGUGGUCGGUGUCGGCGGUGCAAUCCUGCUGGGUGUUUUGGCUGUCGUGGUCUGGCGCAUCCAAAAGAAGCGCAGCGAGCAGUACAAUGAUGACGAUGAUGAUCUGAUGGGUGGUACCGCUGUCGGCACUGGCCCUCGCGAGAAGGCCCCCAGCCCGGCUCAGGGCGGCACCCCAUUCCGGAGCACACUGGACCAGUAUCACAACCCUGGCCCUGUCAACGCCGCAUCUAACUUCUAG